AUGUAGAGUUAAUUCUUUCAAACAUAUUUUAGAGGAUUAAUUGAACGCUGCGUUAGUGUAACUAUUGAAUUAAAAAAUGGAUUAUAAAUACAAGGAUAAAUUACUUAUGUUGAUGACAACUUAAAUUUUAACUUAGUUGAUCCUGAAGUAUCUGAUCCUCUCAAAUAACCAUAAUUAAUAACUUUAAGAAAUAGUUUCAUUAGAGGAUCAACUGUUAAAUAUGUACAUAUUCCAUAAGAAGAAUUACAAGAAGAAGUCUUAAUAUCUGCUUGCAAGAAUGAAGUCAAAAAAUAAAAAUAAUGA